UUACAAUAAAUUAAUGUCAAGUAUUUAAGUAAUAAAUUGUUUAUCUACUCUUAAAUAAAAUACUUGAAGAUUAACUGCAUUUAUUCAAAAUAAAAACAUCUACAGUGCAUGCUAUUUAUUAAUGAAACAACAAGAUAGAUAUCAAGAAUUAGUAAACACUUAAUGGGAGCAGCAACUGCAGCUAAACAGAAAUCUAACUUUUGCGACGUCGGAACAAGAACAUAAAACAUCCAAGAGAACUUGCCCAGUCUCAACUCAGAAGCGGCGGUGUGUAGUAAAAAUACGGACGUUUAACAAAAAGCCGUAUGAUACGUUGAAAGAAAGUUUGGCAAAAGGCAGGGGGAAAAGUGAAAUUGUUAAUGAACUACAAAGUAAAAUAAAUACGCGAAUUAUUUCAUCAAUACUAUCAACGUUUUAAGCAGAGAAAAGUUAUAAAAAAACAGAAGCGUGUGUUAACUUGUGGUGUUGAAGAAGGGCGUAAAGUGUUAAAUAUUUGAAAAAUAUUUAAUUUAAAUACAAGAAAUAUUAACAGAGAACACUUUUUUAAACGAGAUGGCUCCCCCAACGGUAUUAGUAACGGGUGGUGCUGGUUACAUUGGUUCCCACACUGUUUUGGAAAUGUUAAAUGCUGGUUACAAUGUUGUUUGUGUGGAUAAUUUGUGUAAUGCCUAUAGUUCCAGUACGGCAAAACUUCCCGAAGCUUUAAAUCGUGUCCAAGAAAUAACUGGCAAGAAAGUACAUUUCUAUCGAGUCGACAUUACUGAUCGCGAACAAGUGCGCGCAGUUUUUCAAGAGCACAAAAUUGAUAUGGUAGCACAUUUUGCUGCCCUUAAAGCUGUUGGUGAAUCAUGUCGCAUUCCCUUGCAAUACUAUCACAACAACAUGACCGGCACCAAUGUCUUGCUAGAGGCCAUGGCCGAUAACAAUGUUUUCAAAUUUGUAUACAGUUCUAGUGCUACAGUUUAUGGAGAACCACAAUUUCUACCAGUUACAGAAGAACAUCCAACUGGUAAUUGUACUAGUCCCUAUGGUAAAACUAAAUACUUUACAGAAGAAAUUCUUAAGGAUUUAUGUAAAUCAGAUAAGCGUUGGGCAGUAGUGUCUUUGCGUUACUUUAAUCCUGUGGGAGCACAUCCCAGUGGACGCAUUGGAGAAGAUCCAAAUGGAGAACCAAAUAAUUUAAUGCCAUACAUAGCUCAGGUAGCUGUGGGUAGACGUGAUUGUCUACAAGUCUACGGUACCGAUUUCCCUACUAAAGAUGGUACUGGUGUACGUGAUUAUAUACACAUCGUUGACUUGGCUGAAGGUCAUGUUAAAGCUUUAGAUAAACUACGUAAUAUAGCAGAGACUGGUUUCUUUGCUUAUAACCUGGGAACUGGUGUAGGAUAUUCUGUACUUGAAAUGGUUCAUGCCUUUGAAAAGGCAUCUGGUCGUAAAAUAAAUCAUAAACUUGUUGAAAGACGUUCGGGUGAUGUGGCCACCUGUUUUGCUGAUGCUUCUUUGGCUGCAAAGGUUUUAGGUUGGAAAGCUAGUCGCGGCAUUGAUGAAAUGUGUGCUGAUACUUGGCGCUGGCAGAGUAAUAACCCCAAUGGUUAUGCUGUAAAAUGAUUUAAAUUUAUAACAAUUGCAUUUUUAAACUUUAUUAUUUGAUAACAAAACAUUCUUUAAAACAUGUAUUUUUUAAUGUUAUUCAAUUAAUUUUUGUGUGUGUCUGUGUGUACAGUGAAGUGUUUGUUAGUGUACAUAAUAUGUAGUAUGUCUUGCCUUGUUGUCACUAAUUCUGCUGAUGACAGAAACGAUGCUCAUCUAUGUACAACAAAUCUACAGUACAAUACAAUAUUUUAAUCAUUGAUGUUGUGUUUGUUUUGUUUUUUUAUUUUAUUAUUAUUUUUUUAUUUUUAUUUUUUUUUGCUUUAAAGUACAUAAAUUAGUCAUUGUUUAACUAAGAAUUCACACAAUAUAAAUAAUAUUUUUAUUUUA